AUAUUUUUCUUUUUUCCCUCGGGCAACUAUUGUUUCAAUGUUGCUCUUAUUAAUAUCGUCAUUAAUUUUUCUAUUUUUUGCCUAUCAUUUUUCGUGGAAAAGAAGAAAUUAUCCGCCUGGACCUACACCCUUGCCACUUGUUGGAAAUUUGUUGCAACUCCAAAAGUUUGGAUAUGAUAUUUUUCAUAAAUGGAAAAAGGAAUUCGGCCCCGUUUUCACAUUUUGGCUAGCUGAUCGACCAUUCAUUUUUAUCACUUCCUAUGAAGUUAUGAAGGAAACAUUUGUGAAGGACGGAGAUACAUUUGCCGAUAAACAACUCAAUCAAAUUGAUAAGAAAAAGCUUCAGCGAAACUAUGGUGUACUGGAUACAAAUGGAGAAAUGUGGAGGGAACACAGAAGAUUCACACUUAGCCAGUUGAGAGAUUUGGGACUCGGCAAGGAUUUGAUGCAAGAAAAGAUUCUUCUAGAAAUCGAAGAACAAUUCAAGGACAUCAAUUCACAUUUGGGGGAAGAAAUUGAUCUUCCGAGUGUACUGGACAGAGGUGUUGGGAAUGUUAUCAAUCUGACAUUGUUCAAUAAAAGAUUUGAAACGAAUCAACGCGACGAGUUUACCUACCUGAAAUCUCUUAUCGAUGGCUUACGAGAUGUUGCUUCAGAAUUUCGCUAUUUCAUUCAAUUUUUGGUUCCGUGGAGUUCAAAGAUCAUACCGGGACCUACUUUGGGGGACAAAACGAAAGGGAUGAAAGAGGAAUUGGAUGUGUUUUUUGUAAAACAAGUUGAGGAACAUCGAAAGGAAAUUGAUUUUGACACAGUGGAAAGUUAUGAUUAUGUUGAAGCUUAUCUGAAAGAGCAGAAAAAACGAGAAGCCGAUGGAGAUCAUGAGACGUUUUGCAACAAACAACUCUACGCAAUGUGUUUUGAUCUCUGGAUGGCCGGACUUCAGACAACCACAGUCACCCUUACCUGGGGAUUCUCAUUUUAUCUUCAUAACGCCGACGUACAGCUGAAAAUUCGAGAAGAGCUAGACAGAGUCAUUGGUAAUGAUAGACUUAUCACCACUGCUGAUAAGAAUUGCUUACCUUAUCUUACGGCUUUUAUCAAUGAAACUCAACGUUGCGCAAAUAUAAUUCCUUUCAAUUUGCUACACGUCGCAACUAGGGAUACUGUUAUUGAAGGAUACCCCGUGAAAAAGGGGACAGGCGUCAUUGCACAAAUUGGGACAGUCAUGUCGGAUGAGCAGAUCUUCCCCGACGCCCAUUGCUUCAAUCCGGGCCGCUUCAUUGAAAACGGCAAGCUGAAAAAAGUCGACGAAGUGAUCCCGUUCUCAAUUGGAAAACGACAAUGUUUGGGAGAAGGUCUUGCGCGAAUGGAGCUUUUCCUAUUUUUUGCAAACAUUUUCAAUCGUUAUGAUGUUCAACUAGAUUUUAGUGGAAACCUGCCGGAUUUGGACAAGUCAAAGGACAAUUUCGUGACGCCAAGGAAGUUUAAUGCGGUUUUGAAUAAGAGAUAUGUAUAGAAUUGUUGUUUACAUGUUGCAUAAGGAGUUUUCAAUGUAUCUAAAUUUUUCUAUUAUUCCCAAAAACACCCAUGAAGUUUA